UCGGGAAUUGUUUUGCAUUACGCAUGCGAGAAUCAAUCAACUACAGUUCCCACUAGAGUUAUCGGCACUUCUAAUGACAUCUAUGACGCACAAGCAACUUUAAUAUUGAUUUAUUUAUUUUAAGAUGUUUUCAUAAAACAUGCGGAUGGUAUGGUGUGAGCCGAGGGAACCUAGUAUCUUUGUCAAUUAAACAUUCCCAGCAGUUAUGGCACUUGUGUCUAAAUAUCGAACUAUACAUACUGACUUAUCUGGAAGGCUUUCAUGUUAGCCUUUAUCUGAGAGGAUGCAGAGGAUCCUUCUCCCCGGGUCCUCCGUGUCCUCUCUGCCGCCGUAAUGGCUUGCCGGAGAGGCUGCUGCUUCGGCGCGAUGAACGAUGAUAACGCGCGGUUCCUGAUGCUGGCGGUGCUGAUCAUGCUGUAUCUGCUGUGCGGCGCGGCGGUGUUCUCCGCGUUGGAACAACCGAAGGAGCGGCAGGCCAAAGAGCGGUGGGCGCAGCGCUUCGAGAACUUCACCCAGAAGCACAACCUCACCCGGAUCGAUGUGGAGACCUUUCUCCGGUUCUACGAGGAGGCGAACGUCGCCGGUAUCCGCGUGGAUACACUCAGACCUCGCUGGGAUUUUACCGGCGCUUUUUACUUCGUGGGGACCGUUGUGUCGACCAUAGGAUUUGGCAUGACCACCCCAGCCACGGUCAGCGGUAAAGUCUUCCUCAUCUUCUACGGCCUGAUCGGCUGCGCCUCUACCAUCCUCUUCUUCAACCUCUUCCUGGAGCGUAUCAUCACGGUGCUCGCCUUCGUCCUCAAGUCGUGCCACGAGCUGCAGCAUCAGCGCCAGGGCGUCGUGCCCCACGAUAACCGCAGGGAGGCGUCACUGCCAGGACCCAGAGAUAGAGACAGGGACAUUCUGGCUGGAUGGAAGCCUUCAGUGUACUAUGUGAUGUUAAUUCUCUGUGUGGCCGCUGUGGUGAUCUCCUGCUGUGCCUCGGCCAUGUAUUCGGCGGCAGAGGGCUGGGGAUAUCUGGACUCGCUGUACUUCUGUUUUGUGGCAUUUAGCACCAUCGGGUUCGGGGACAUGGUGAGCAGCCAGAGGGUUGCAUACGAUGGGAACCAGACAGCCUACAGACUGGGGAACUUCCUGUUUAUAUUGAUGGGUGUCUGCUGUAUCUACUCGCUGUUCAACGUCAUAUCUAUCGUCAUCAAGCAGACUCUUAACUGGCUGCUGAGAAAGCUGGGCAUUCUCUGCUGCCGAGGCUGCUGCCGCUACUGCUCUGCCGGGAUCGGGAAGAGACUCCGGCCACGCCGGAACGCUGUGUUGCCCAUCAGCACUGGACACGGACACCCCCGGGCACGGCGGACUGUCUCCAUAGAAACGGACGCGGUGAACGAGAGCGAGACGGAUGGAGGCCGGCGGAUGUCUGGGGAGAUGAUCUCCAUGAGGGACUUACUGGCGACCAAUAAGGUGAACCUGGCACUGAUGCAGAAGCAGCUGUCGGAGGCAGCAACUAAUGGGAUCCCUCGGCCGUCCGUCUCCAACCAAAACAGACAAAAUGGAUUUUCUGGAGGAGUGGGGGCACUGGGCAUCAUGAACAACAGGCUGGCUGAGACCACUGUCGACAGAUGACUGACUAUUACAAUACUCAUAAUAAUAACUUUAUUUUCAGUACAAGCAACAAAGUGCUUCACAUCAUAAAAUAAUCUAAUAAAAGUACUAACAAAGAAACAAAGACAGGAGGAAGGAGAAUGAAACAAGAUGAUUAUUAGUCAUCUUCGUGGUAGUCCUCUUUAGCUCAGUUGGCACAGUGAUUGGAAUGUCAGGAUAUUGGGUUUGAUUCCCGGGACCACCCAUAUCUAAAAUAUAUGUUUUGGAUAAAAGCAUCAGCUAAAUGACAUAUAUAUUCACACUAGAUGUCCACAAAGAUACUGCACAUCAUACACAGAUUUAUCAUCAUUAAAACAGAAGUUAUACACUGUGAAAAUAUGUAGGCUACCAUCAUCACCGUCUCUCAAAACCAUGUGUUGACGUCUCAACAACACGUGAUCCGAGAGACAAACUGGACACGCAAGUGGAUUUCACAUGACUGGGCAGGGGGUGCAGCCAUGGGUUGGCAUAGGCCCACCCACUAGGGAGCCAAUCAGAAUGAGUUUUCACCCAAAAAAGGGCUUUAUUACAGACAGAAAUAUACCUCCGUUUCAUCAGCUGUCCGGGUGGAUGGUCUCAGAAGAUCCUGCAGGUGAUGAAGCCGCAUGUGGAGGUGCUGGGCUGGCGUGGUUACACGUGGUCUACGGUUGUGAGGCCGGUUGAACGUACUGCCAAAUUCUCUAAAACGACAUUGAAGGCGGCUUAUGGUAGAGAUAUGAACAUUAAAUUCUCUGGCAUGGCUGCCAUUUUGUACCAGAAUGGCCAUGACACAGCCAUUGUGCUGGAAAUAUUGAGGGUUAUUUUUCCCAAAUGUUCUAAAGGAAGACACCAAACGGUCCUGUACAGAAAUUUUUUAUUUUUUAUUGUAGAGGACAAUCUCAUGUUAGGUGUAGGAGACAGAUCAUGUUUUUUAUGCUUGAAUAAAUUAUUAGGUGUCCAGAAGUUGAAAUCAGUUGACAAAUACAUAAAGAUCUUGAGGAACUCCCCUUCACUCUAUAAACAUCUGCAAGACAUCACACUGUAUUGUAAAAGUUGUUCCAAAAUGUUAUCAACUAAAUCGAACAACACAAUGUACUGAUACAGUUAUUGAUUCCAGAAGCGCUAGUAGCCAUCAUUUCUCUGUAACAGAGUUCUACUUAUUCAUCUCUUUGGUUUUUAAAUAAGAAUGAGGAAUCUUGAGAAGAAAACGUGUGAGAGAAAGAAGACUAACCUUAAUGUAUGACUUGCACAUACGGUGCCUUCAGAAAGUAUUCAGACCCCAUGACUUUUUCAAAAUGUUACUUUACAGCCUUAUUCUAAAAUGUAUUAAGUUAAACAA